UAAUGCUCCGCUUCUGCGCGGUCACGAAAAAUCCGCGAUCCCGAUGUGUCGGCGGCGGCACGCUGCAGGCAACCAGCUGCACACAGCCAGAGCAUACAGUAGUACUGCAGUGAAGGGAGCCUAGACCGUCCGAACCACUCGGUACCCGUCACACAAGGACCUGUUUGAUGGAUCCAACGCUCUGUGCCAUUGUGAUGUGGGAGAUGACAUUUUAUCUUGUAGAGGAAUUAGCCAGAUAAUUUGGAUUGCUGUGAGGUCUCAGCAAAUGUCUCCAACAUAUCUGGUAAUACAGUGAGCAGAGAGAAACAAAUAGGCAGACAGGAACCCACAGAGGACCUCUAACAGAUGGCUGAUGGUGGGGCUAUUAUCUCAGCUUUGCACUCCGUUUGGGAUGAAACAAGCGGAAGCUGUUCUUGACCAGGGUUGCCCCAGGAUGUGGAGUGACUCCAUAUGAUGUUUUUUUGUUUUGCUUUUUGUGUUUUUUAGAUGAGAAACAAUUUGGAUACUGCAUUUAAGGGUGGAUUUUAAGGCAGAACAAGAAGAGCAAGCACGACAAUGCCUGGAAAGUUUGAACAGUAACAGAGCCUACAGAUGAAUUGGGACUGUUCAAGCUGCAUAUCAGUGUGCCCAACUUGUGGACUUCAUUUCACAUGGAAUUAUUGCACUUACCUCCAUCGGUGACUUUUAAAAAUGGACAUGUUUGAUUCUAAUUUUGGCUGCCCGUUACCUGUCUAGAUAAUGAUGGUGAUGAUGAUGAUAAUAAUGUCAUCAGUUUGAAUAAUUGUGAUAAUAUGCUGAACAUUAAAAUGAAGGCGCGCGCAGGAGGAUUUCCCAGAGGUGGAUUUCCAGAAACUAUAAUGACUGGCUGCAGACAACCGGGUCCAGUCAGCUGUUUCAUCAGCCUUCUUCUCCUACUUGUCUUCUCCCUGGUUACACCAGCUCUGUCCAUUCAUAUGGAGUCUAUAGCGAGCCACAGCGAGUUUAGCUGUGAGCCCAUCAGACUGAGAAUGUGCCAGGAUCUGCCUUACAACACCACCUUUAUGCCCAAUUUCCUCAAUCACUACGACCAGCAAACAGCUGCCCUAGCCAUGGAGCCUUUUCAUCCAGUGGUAAACCUGGUGUGCAGUGCGGACCUGAGGAUGUUCUUGUGUGCCCUGUAUGCUCCCGUGUGCACCGAGUAUGGCCGUAUGUCCAUGCCAUGUCGAUCCAUCUGCCAGCGGGCCAAGGAUGAGUGCCAUAAACUCAUGGAGAUAUUUGGAGUAGCUUGGCCAGAUGACAUGGAGUGCAGCAGGUUCCCAGUUUGUGAUGAAGCCUAUCCUCGCCCAGAGGACCUGCUAACAGGCUCUGAACCCACAGACCAGUCAUCCAUGACUGUUCAGAGGGAUUACGGUUUUUGGUGCCCCAGAGAGCUCAAGGUUGAUCCAGAGCUGGGUUACACUUUUAUGGGGAAAAAGGACUGCUCUGCCCCCUGCCCUUCGAUGUUCUUUAGUCAGCAGGAACUGACCUUCACACGAUACUUCAUUGGCGUUGUCUCCAUUGUUUGUCUGUCUGCGACACUCUUCACCUUCCUGACGUUCCUCAUUGAUGUUACAAGGUUCCGAUACCCUGAGCGGCCAAUCAUCUUCUAUGCGGUGUGUUAUGUCAUGGUGUCGUUGGUCUUCUUCCUGGGUUUUCUUUUGGAGGACAGAGUUGCAUGCAAUGCUGUCAGCCCUACCCAGUUCAGAGCCUCAACCAUUACACAGGGUUCUCACAACAAGGCGUGCACGCUUUUCUUCAUGGUGCUGUAUUUCUUCACCAUGGCCGGCAGCGUGUGGUGGGUCAUACUGACAAUCACCUGGUUUCUGGCUGCUGUGCCUAAAUGGGGCAGUGAGGCCAUUGAGAAGAAAGCCCUCCUCUUCCAUGCAAUUGCCUGGGGCCUCCCAGGGGCCCUGACUGUCACCCUGUUGGCCCUUAAUAAAAUAGAGGGCGAUGGGAUCAGUGGAGUGUGUUUCAUAGGACUGUAUGAUAUAGACGCCCUGAGGUGGUUUGUUCUGGCACCACUCUGCUUCAAUGUGGCGGUUGGCGUCUCCCUGCUUUUAGUGGGCAUUGUUGCUCUGAACCGGGUUCGCAUGGAGAUUCCUCUGGAGAAGGAGAACCAGGCCAAACUAGUCAAGUUCAUGAUCCGAAUGGGAGUGUUUUCUGUGCUCUACCUGGUCCCCUUGUUGACGGUGAUUGGGUGCUACAUCUAUGAACACACCUACCGGCAUAUUUGGGAGACAACAUGGAUGGAGGAGAACUGCAGGCGUUACCACAUCCCCUGCCCAUACAAGGUUGAGCAGACCAGCAGACCAGCCAUGGUUUUGUUCCUAAUAAAAUACCUGAUGAUGUUGGUGGUGGGGAUUCCCUCUGUUUUCUGGGUGGGAAGUAAGAAGACCUGUUUUGAGUGGGCCGGCUUCCUGCAUGGACGCAGACGCAAAGACAGUGGCGUGAAUGAGUCCCGCCAGGUGCUGCAAGAGCAACCAGACUUCGCCCAGUCUCUACUGCGUGAACCAAACACCCCGAUCAUCAGGAAAUCCAGAGGGACAUCUACUCAGGGCACCUCCACUCAUGCCUCCUCCACCCACUUGGCGGCUCUAGAGGACCUCGAAGAACCAGUCAGAACUCACCACGGACACCCUGCAUCAACCAGGAGCAAAGCCAGCAGCGUCCACAGCAAGGCCAGCUACCAUGGCAGCCUGCACCGCACUCGAGAUGAUAGGAGCAAUUCUAUGACUUACAGAGGAACAGAAGAGCGCAGUUUCCAUGGCAGCAUGUCCCGUCUCGACCACCCGCUCUCCACUCACAGCAGCUUGCAUCAGAUAGACACCCGUUCGAGACACAGCAGCCAGCGUGACAUAUCUGAGGCGCCGCUUACCCUCAUCACACAUGGAACCUCAGCAAAUGACAAUCGGGCCACUGAGAACGACGGCACCAGCGCCUGAGAGGAUCUUCACUUUCUACAGGAAAAUCUUGGAGGAAAUCUCAUGAUUUGUCCUCAGCAGAUGCACGGUUCGAUUUUUGAAGAAUGUACCAGUGUCUGCUGUGGAGGGGAUUUUUGGUUUGCGGGCUGUUUCUGGGCAUUUGUGAGCUGUGCUAAGUUCAGUCAGUGAACAUGACUGUUGUGUUGUAGAUUCACUGUGAGCUGGACUCCUGAUUGCUUUGCUGAAGAGUCAAACCAAAAUAGGUAAUCCUCCUCCUCAGAUUUACGGUGCCAUGAGUGCCACUUGAAGACAUUAUUCAGAGAAAUUUAGGAAAACUAGAAUUUUUGACUAAACGAAAUCUAGAAACAGACUAAAUGCUUAGAGAAAAGGUCAGUGAAUCACACAUUUAGCCUGUCUCCUGCAGCAGGGUGUCUUCUGACUCCAGCUUGGUCUUGAGGCCUGUAUCUCAGAUAUUAUGGUGGCAUUCUUUCCAUUAUGUUAAAUAUGUGAACACUGCCGAGUAUUUCUUUGGUAACAACCUUAAAUAGCUUAUCUGCUUUGUUGGAAAUUUAUCUUAUGAAACUGAUUUGUUUGUUCUGCAGCUUUUUAUGAUGUUUGUCUUUACGUGGCUUCUAAGACAAACAAACGUGGGCCUAAUGUGAAAUCGUGGACCUAUUUGUUGUUUUGUGAAAUAUUUUUAUACUGUGAAAUUGUCGGUUGUUGAAAGCUUCAGUGUGUGUGUAAGUGUGUGUGUGAAAGGGAGAAAUGGAGACAUCAGUAGUAUAAAGUAAACUUUAUUUUUCAACUACAGCUUCAAAGAGGGACCUAAAAGAUGUACAAGGGUUGUUUCAUAGUCAGAAGUAAAACGAUAGCUGUGCGAUAGGAUCUGGAAUAUCUGUCCGCCUACAUGUACAGAUCUGUCACAUCUGUUUUAGCACAGAUGCUUUCAUUUGGCAAAGAAGGCAGCUUUAGAAACCAACACGAUAACAGUUUACUCAACCUCUGUGUGUCCAGUGUUUGAUUGUAACAUCAUGACAAAAAGAAAAAAGAAGAAUAAUCUAAAAUGUGCUUCAUGUUGCAUCAUGAUGCCAUAUGUGAGCUGCUGAGGGUUAACUAACGAUCAGAGUAUUGAAACCUACAUUCAGGUAUUCUUCAGUGCAUUCAAACGUCAUGGCUGCAUUGACUGGAGUGUAAUGUAAAAAUGAAAACUGAUAACUGCUGAUACUAAUACAUGCAUGGCAGUCCUUCCUGGGACAGGUGAUCUUCUUUUCUCUUCUAUAAUAUUUAGCACUGUACUUGAUGUGGACCUUAACUGCUGCUGGACACACUCAUCUGUGUAAUUUAUCUUCAGAUGUGGAACUCAAAUUUACCCAAAGUAGAGCUAAAAAAUUGACAGUCAAACUAGUGAAACAUUCAACAUGCUUAAUUUUCUCUGACAUUCAUUUUCUGCUUGUACAGUAAAUGCUACAGGAAGUGCUUAUUGUGCGUAUUUUCUGUACAUUGUGUUUGCUUCCUAAUCCUUAAAGACUUUAUUAACCUACCUCACCUGUACCCUCAGCCUUCUCUGUACCUGCAUACACACUAUUGGGUGCAUUUUAGAAAUGAAAGAAAUAGUCAACAGAAACAAUGGUGGUGCUUAUCAUAUGCCUGACCUACACUUGGCUUUGUGGUUUUCAAGUCUACCUCUUCAGUUCUAUCUUUAUCUUCUGCCUCUCCUACUGUUAUCUUGCAGUUUUUUUUAACACUUUGUCACAAUUAUGAGAUUUUAGUUUAAAAUCCUUUUAAAUUUACAGUAUAAUAACUUUUAAAACUAGAUGACAGAUUUUAAAGGGUUUAAAAGAAUUUAAACAAUUGAAAAUGAUGUGGAAACAUGACAUCUCUUAGUUUUUACCCAAAUAAAGACAAUAAUUAUUUAGCUACAUGAUGCAGAUCUCAGAUAAUUGUGUUUACACAACUAUGUAAUAAGUGAGCAGCUGCCUCCUGUCAACUUGUCUGCCUUCAUGUUGUAGAUAGAUUUUCUGUACGUUGUGAUAACUAACUGCCUUCUGCCUGAGUUCCUGUACAUGAGCCUAAACUGAUCUGUUUAUGGACCUGCAGCAUCUGUCUGUACUCUUCUCAUAACUGUUUAGAAACAUUAACCACUGUGCUUUUACCUCUACAUGGGACUCAGUGGACCGAUACUGUAGUAAACACUGCAGUAUUAAAGUCAACAAAACCAUAGCCUGAGCAUUUGAUCAUUAAUGUUAAUCCUCCACAGUGAGAUGUGAGGAAGAAGAGCUGUCCUUGCUCCACAGUGUCAUGCUGUGAUGACGCCUCAUGGUAAGCUAGAGUAGCUUGAAAAUGUCUCAUAAUCAGCGAUGGUUCAAAAACAUAAUGAUGUGAAUUUUAAACUUGUACUUGACUUUUAAUUUAUUUGCAGUUUGGAACUGUAACAACUUCUUUUACAUGCAGUCUAAUAAACGUUUUGUAGUCUUCA